AUGGCUUCCCGUCUCUCCCAACUAAACGCUCACCUCAACUACCCGCGCGGCCUCCUAGCCGACCAAGUCGCCAUCAUCACCGGCGCAGGCCAAGGCAUUGGUGCAGAAGCAGCGCGCCUAUUCGCAAACGAGGGCGCAAAGGUCGUGAUUGCUGAUAUCGACGGCGAAAAGGCCAACGCUGUCGCCAACGCCAUCAACUCCGCCUCACCUAAUCGCGCUAUUGCCGUCGUUGGCGACAUCCUUAACGACAAGUACAUCACGACUCUUGUUGAAAAGGCCGCCGAAUUCGGGAACGGCAAGAUCCACAUUAUCGUCAAUAAUGCGGGUUUUACGUGGGAUGGAGUUAUUCACAAGAUCACAGAUAAACAAUGGGACACCAUGAUUGCGGUGCACAACACAGCGCCGUUCAAACUCAUUCGCGCGGCAGCAAAGUACUUCCGCGUCAAGGACGGGGAGCCACGUGUGAUUAUCAACAUCUCGAGUACGAGCGGGAUUCACGGGAAUGCCGGGCAAGCAAACUACGCCCUUGCCAAAGCGGGCGUUGUGGGCCUGACACGUACAAUCGCAAAGGAAUGGGGUCCGCAAUUCGGCGUCCGCUCGAAUACCAUUGCGUUCGGGUUCGUGCAGACACGUCUGACCGCUGCGAAGGAGAAGGGGGCGUUCAUUACCACGCCCGACGGAACGAAGGUUGCCCUUGGUAUACCCGGGCAGCAGCUUGGGGCGAAGGAGGGCGCGAAGGAUGGGAAGCCGGCGUAUCCGGAUAUUCCGUUAGGCAGGCCGGCGAGUCCUGAGGAGGCGGCGAGGAGUGUGCUUGCUGUGGCCAGUCCGUUGUUUAGUUAUGUUAACGGAGAGACAAUUCGGGUUACUGGAGGCCGGAAUAUGUAG